AUGUCCCAGCCGAUGGCGUCAGCAUAUAAUCCUAAAGCUGUCGAGUUUGCCUGGUAUUCGUGGUGGGAAAAACAAGGGUUUUUCAAACCGGCAUUGACGCCGGAUGGUAAACCCAAUCCGGAAGGGCUCUUUGUAGUUCCCGUUCCACCACCAAAUGUUACAGGUUCGCUACAUAUUGGUCACGGAUUAACUAUUGCAAUUCAAGAUAGUUUGGUAAGAUGGAAUCGCAUGUUGGGAAAGACCGUGUUAUAUAAUCCCGGGAUAGAUCAUGCAGGAAUUUCGACCCAGUCUGUCGUAGAAAAAAGAUUAUGGAUCGAAAAUAAACAAACUCGUCAUGAUCUCGGAAGAGAAAAAUUCAUUGAAGAAGUUUGGAAAUGGAAAAAUUUGUAUGGAGAUCGGAUUCAUACUCAGAUGAAACGUCUUGGAGGUUCUUUUGAUUGGGAUCGUGCUGUGUUUACUAUGGACGAAAAAAUGUCUAAUGCUGUUGUGGAAGCUUUUUGCAGACUCCAAGAAGAAGGAAUUAUUUAUAGAGCUACUAGGUUGAUAAAUUGGUGUGUGAGACUCAAUACCGCUUUAUCAAACCUAGAAGUAGAAAACAAAGAAUUAUCUGGGCGCACACUUUUAUCUGUUCCUGGUUAUGGACCCGAGGAGAAAUUCGAAUUCGGUGUAUUGACGUCUUUUGGAUAUCCCAUCGAAAAUUCGGACGAGAAAAUCAUCAUAGCUACGACUCGCCCCGAAACUAUGUUGGGAGAUUCCGGUAUUGCAGUUCAUCCUCAAGAUGAAAGAUACAAGCAUCUUCAUGGAAAAUUCGCCAUCCAUCCUUUUAAUGGUCGAAAGAUUCCUAUUGUAUUAGAUGAUAUUGCAGUUGACAUGUCGUUUGGUACUGGUGCAGUCAAGAUUACUCCCGCUCAUGAUUUUAAUGAUUAUGAAGUCGGGAAAAGGCAUAAUUUAGAAUUCAUCAAUAUAUUAAAUGACGACGGUACGUUAAAUGAAAAUGGUGGUCCAUUUAAAGACAUGAAGCGGUUUCACGUUCGUGAAAAAGUAAUAGAAGCUCUCAAGGAAAAAGGUCUAUUUUGUGGAACACAGGAAAACCCAAUGUCUAUUCCUCUUUGUGCUAAGUCUGGAGAUGUUAUAGAACCCGUAUUAAAGCCCCAAUGGUGGGUUAGUUGUUCGAAUAUGGCAGCUGAAGCUAUGAAGGCUGUCACGGAUGAUAAAUUACGAAUAAUACCAAAAACAUCUGAAAAAGAUUGGUUCAGAUGGUUAGGCAAUAUUCAAGACUGGUGUAUUUCACGUCAGCUAUGGUGGGGACAUCAAGUUCCCGCUUAUUUUAUUAAAAUUGCUAAUCGAGUUCAAGAUAGGUCAGAUGGUUCAUAUUGGGUAUCAGGCCGUAAUAAAGAGGAAGCCCUCAAAAAAGCAAAGGAAAAAUUUCCGAAUGUGGAAUUUGAAUUAAUGCAAGAUCCAGAUGUUUUAGACACAUGGUUUUCGUCUGGUUUAUGGCCUUUCUCCAUUUUUGGUUGGCCUGAAAAAACAAAUGACUUGAUUAAUUUCUUCCCUACAUCACUACUAGAAACAGGGUGGGACAUUUUAUUCUUUUGGGUGGCUCGUAUGGUCAUGAUGAGUAUUAAACUUACUGGCCAAGUGCCAUUUAAUGAAAUUUUUUGUCAUGCCAUGAUUCGUGACGCACACGGUCGUAAAAUGAGUAAAUCGUUAGGAAAUGUUGUUGAUCCUGUGGAUGUAAUCCAAGGUAUAUCUUUGGAAAGAUUACAUGCAAAGUUAUAUGAAGGAAAUCUUGAUAAACGUGAAAUUGAGAAAGCCAAAGCUGGUCAGAAAGCAGAUUUCCCCAAUGGCAUCCCAGAAUGCGGUACUGAUGCGCUAAGGUUUGCGCUGUGUGCCUACACUUCCACAGGUCGAGACCUUAAUCUUGAUAUUCUUCGUGUGGAAGGUUAUCGUAAAUUUUGUAAUAAAUUAUGGAACGCGACUCGAUUUGCGUUAAUGAAAUUAGGCGAAGAUUUUCAGCCCAAAUCUAGUGCCAAGAAAUCUGGAAAAGAAUCAUUACCCGAAUUAUGGAUAUUACAUAAACUAAAUAAAGCUGUAAUUGAUACGAAUAAAGCUUUACACGAAAGGAACUUCAUGAAUGCCACAACAUCUAUUCAUAGCUUUUGGUUAUAUGAACUUUGUGAUGUUUUCAUUGAAAUUAUUAAACCAAUUGUUGAUACAGAUAUUUCAAUAUUAGAAAAUGCAGAACGUAAACGUACAGUAGAAGAUACACUGUACACUUGUUUAGAAGCUGGUCUUAAAUUACUUCAUCCUUUCAUGCCAUUCGUGACUGAAGAAUUGUAUCAACGUUUACCUCGACGUCCGAAUGAUAAUAUUCCAACAAUUGUCCAAUCCAAAUACCCUCUUGAGGAACCAGAAUAUAAUGAUUCCCAAGCUGAAGGACAAUUUGACCUUAUAAUUUCAAUUAUCAAAGCGACACGGUCACUUACUGUUGAAUAUAAUAUUCAGUCUAAUGCAUCUCUUUUUAUUCAAGUAGCUUCUGAAUCAUUGAUGAAAGUGAUUACAUCACAAGAGUUAAGUAUUAUUACUUUGAUAAAAGGAAUAAAAUCUGUUCGCGUAUUUCGGAAAGACGAACCUAUUCCUGAAGGUUGUGCUCUUAGCACAGUCAACGAUGAAAUAAAUAUACAUCUUUUGGUGAAGGGUAAUGUAGAUAUAGAUGUUGAAGUAAUGAAAUUCCAAAAGAAACUUGAAAAAUCGACGCAAUCAUUGAAUUCACUUCAAAAGAAAACACAAGUUUCAGAUUAUGAAUCUAAAGUCCCACUGAAUGUCCGUGAAGCCAAUGAAGCAAAGGUAUUCAUUCUCUAA